UCACCAUACAACUCAUCUUCAUAUAACCCUCGACUCAUUUCUCCUUCUUCUUUUGCUUUGAUCAUGAUUUAUUUUUAUUCUUUCUCUUAAUUUUUAUUUUAUUUUUUCUUUCACUCACACAAAAAACUGUAAUUCACAAACAGGGAGAAACAAAAGAGUCCUAUGCUAGGGGACUCCAGUACUGUUCUAGCAACCACAACAACAGCCGCUGCUGCUGCUGGUGGUGAUGGUGGUGUUGCUGCUGCUUCUGCUGGUGGAAGUAGCAGCGACGCUCCUCCUCCUAGUCAUCAGCUCCCCGGUGGUGGCGGUGUUGCUCAUGAAAGCACUAGUGAAGUUGCGCAAGUGGGGUCGAAUAAUUCAUUUGAAGAUGAUAAAGGAAGAGGCGAUGAAGGUGACCGGAGCUUUGGAGGUAAUCGGUGGCCGAGACAAGAGACUUUGGCACUCUUGAAAAUAAGGUCGGAUAUGGACGUGGCGUUUCGAGAUGCCAGUGUAAAGGGUCCCUUGUGGGAAGAGAUUUCCAGGAAGCUAGCAGAGCUUGGUUAUAAUCGAAGUGCCAAGAAAUGCAAAGAGAAAUUCGAAAACGUGUUCAAGUAUCACAAGAGAACAAGAGAAGGUCGCACUGGUAAACAAGAAGGCAAAACGUAUAGAUUUUUUGAUCAAUUAGAAGCGUUUGAAAAUCAUGCUUCUUCUUCUUCACUUUCAUCACAACCACCGCCACCGCCACCACCGCAAACGCAACCGCAGCAGGUGAAGCCUCAAACUCCAGCUGUGACAACCAUAGCAAUGCCAGUGGUCAAUCCUCCUAUCACCACUGUUCCAUCAACAACAACAAAAGCAGCUCCACUGGCUGCUAAUAUGUCUCAAGGGAUUGUUUCAACAGGAAUAAAUCUCUCAAUCCCUUCAUUUCCGCCAGCAAACCCUACAAUCUUACCUUCAGCACAAGCAACGACAAACCCUACAACGAACCCAUCUUUGUUUUCUAAUUUUUCACCAGAUCUCUUCUCAAAUUCCACCUCUUCAUCCACAUCCUCUGAUGUGGAACUCCAUGGGCGGCAUGGGAAGAAAAGGAAAUGGAAGGACUUCUUCGAGAGGAUAAUGAAGGAAGUUAUACACAAACAAGAAGAUAUGCAAAGGAAAUUCUUGGAAGCAAUAGCGAAACGUGAACACGAUAGAAUGAUAAGGGAAGAAUCCUGGAGAAUGCAAGAAAUGACAAGAAUCAACAGAGAAAGAGAAAUUUUAGCUCAAGAAAGAUCCAUGGCAGCUGCAAAGGAUGCUGCUAUAAUGGCAUUUUUGCAGAAGCUAUCUGACCAGCAAAAUCCAGGCCAAGUACCGGCACAACCACCAGCAGCAGCACAGCAACCACCACCUCCACAGCCAACGCCACAACCGAUAACUGUGGUACCAGUGGCACCUGCAGCGCCGGCACAGCCUGUGAUAAAUCUGGACAUGAAAUCAGGUAAUGGGGAUCAGAGUUUCUCCCCAGCAAGCUCUUCGAGAUGGCCUAAGGUAGAAGUUGAAGCUUUAAUUAAGCUAAGGACUAAUCUUGAUUGCAAGUAUCCAGACAAUGGACCAAAAGGGCCACUGUGGGAAGAUAUCUCAGCUGGAAUGAGAAAGCUUGGUUACAAUCGAAGUGCAAAAAGAUGCAAAGAGAAAUGGGAGAAUAUAAACAAGUACUUCAAGAAAGUGAAAGAGAGCAACAAAAGAAGGCCAGAGGAUUCAAAAACAUGUCCAUAUUUUCACCAACUUGAUGCUUUAUAUAAAAACAAGAACAAGAGCGACCCUUCAUCAAACAUCCAAUUGAAGCCAGAGAAUUCAGUGCCUUUAAUGGUACGGCCUGAGCAGCAAUGGCCUCCUGCUGAAGAAGAACACAAUCCAGCUGAUUCAGUCAUGGAAGAUUUAGAAAGUGAUCAUCAAGAUGAGGAUGACAAAGAUAACGAUGAUGAUGAAGAUGAAGAAGAUGAAGCUGGAGGAUAUGAAAUUGUAGCGAACAGGCCAUCAGCUGCUGCUGGAUGAGAGCUAGAAAGAAUAGAAUGCAAGAAAAAGAGAAUUUCUGUGAGAGAUCGUAAAUGGGGAUGCAAAUGCAAGCGGUGGUGGGUAAGAGUCCGGCAGCCGUUAAUUGGGGUGGAGGAAUCUCAUCAAUUUGUAAGCAAGAAAAAACAGGUGAGGUACCAAUAGCAUUUAGUCAGUGGAUUAUAUGUUUAAUUAUUUUUGUAAUUUAUUUAUUUAUUUGUUAAAUAAAAACAAUAAUUUGAGAGGAA